UCAUUUUAGAGAGAAAAGUAUGAGUCAAUUAAAAAUGGUUGAUACUACUAUUGAACGUCCAGUGGCAAAUUUUCACAAAAGUGUUUGGGGAGAAUAUUUCCUCUCCUAUACUCCUGAACUCACAGAAAUUAGUAGCCAAGAAAAAGUUGAAGUUGAAGAGUUGAAAGAAAAAGUCAGGCAAAUGUUAGUGGAAACUCCUGAUAAUAGUACACAAAAACUUUUCUUGAUUGACGCAAUUGAGCGAUUGGGAGUGGGAUAUCACUUCGAGAAUGAGAUCAAAACAUCUAUUCAGAAUAUUUUUGAUGAGCACAAACAGAAUAAAAAUGAAGAUGAUGAUAAUUUUUACGUUGUUGCUCUUCGUUUUAGACUAGUGAGACAACAAAGGCAUUACACGUCUUCUGACGUGUUCAAAAGAUUUACCAACAAUGAUGGAACAUUCGAGGAAACUCUUACCAAAGACGUGCUAGGAUUAUUAAGUUUAUACGAAGCAGCACAUCUGAGAGUACACGAGGAAGAAAUUCUUGAAGAAGCUCUAACUUUUACUUUCAAUAAUCUCAAGUCCAUGGUCCCAAAAUUGAGCAACUCACUCAAGAUUCAAGUUAGUGAAGCCUUAAUCAAGUCCAUUCAUCAAAAUGUACCAAGAGUGGCAGCAAGAAAAUACAUAUAUAUUUACGAGAACAUCGAAUCACAUAACGAUCUGCUUUUGAAAUUUGCAAAAUUGGAUUUUCACAUUUUGCAAAAGGUGUACCAAAGAGAGCUUAGCGAAGUUACAAGGUGGUGGAAGGAUCUGGAUUGUGUAAACAACUAUCCAUUUGCAAGAGACAAAUUGGUGGAGUGUUACUUUUGGGCAACGGGGGUGUAUUUUAGGCCUGAACAGAGAUUCGCAAGAAGAGUGAUAACAAAAUUAAUUUGUAUCAUCACCAUCACUGAUGAUCUAUAUGAUGCUUGGGCGACUUAUGACGAACUUGUGCCUUUCACAGCUGCAAUUGAGAGAUGUGACAUUAGUUCUAUGGAUUCAAUAUCGCCCUAUAUGAGACCUCUUUAUCAAGUCUUUUUGGAUUAUUUUGAUGAAAUGGAAGAAGAAUUGACCAAACGUGGUAUAGCGGACUAUGUACGCUAUGCAAAAAUUGAGGCGAGUAAGUGGACAAAAAGCUAUCUUAAGGAAGCGGAAUGGUUGAGAGAUGGCAUUAUUCCAAAGUGCGAGGAGUAUAAGAGAAACUCUAUUAUAUCUGUUUCCAAUCAGAUGAUUCUAAUAACAUGUUUGAUUGUCGCGGAGGAAUUUAUAUCCAAAGAGACUUUCGAAUGGAUGCUAAAUGAGUCUUUGGUCCUACCAGCUUCAUCACUAAUCAACAGAUUUAAGGAUGAUAUUAUUGGACAUGCACACGAACAACAGAGAGAACAUGGAGCAUCAUUCAUCGAAUGCUACAUGAAAGAAUAUGGAGCUUUAGAACAAGAGGCACUUGCUGAGGCUUGGAGGCAAAUUGCAAAUGCAUGGAAAGACAUAAACACGGAGUAUCUACGUGCUACUCAUGUACCAACGUUUGUCCUUGAUCCUGCCUUAAAUCUUUCUCGCCUCGUAGAUAUUCUCCAAAAGGAUGAUUUUACAGAUUCACGAUGGUUCCUUAAAGAUGUAAUCGCCAUGUUGUUUGCUGACUCUGUCAAUCGUACCUUUGAUCAUCAGAAUGAGUUUGAAGAAAACAAUGGUUCCAAAACUUAGAAAUUAUAUUUCUAAGUGAUAGAUGAAAUUUGGGGUCGUGCUGCUUUAAUUCUACUCUUAUGUUUGCUUGAGUUCCCGUUUGUUGUAUUUUCGCAAAUAAUGGCUCCAAAACUUAGAAUUUAUUUUUCUAAGUGAUAGCUGAAAUUGGGGUGUGUGCUGCUUUAAUUCAACUAUUGUGUUUGC